AUGAGCCGCGAUCAUCUUGGCCAGCGCAUCGCCGACGCCGUCGAGGCACACUUCGAAAAGGCCUCCGGGAAAGGCGGCAGGCCCGGCGUGCGGCCCGGCGGCGUGGCCGAGUGGACCGUGCUCGCGGGCCUCGUGGCCGUGGACGGCGACUCGUUGACGGUGCUCUCGGCGGCCACCGGCGUCAAGGCCAUGCCCGACUGCGUGCGCCGGUACUCGCGGGGCUUGAUUGUCCACGACAUGCACGCGGAAAUCCUCUGCUUGCGCAUGUUCAACUGGUACGUGGUGGAGGAGGUCAAGCACGCGGCCAGGCGCCGGUUCUUGGAGCCCACUGGCGCGGCCGGGCCGGGCGGGCCGCGGUUCCGCUGGAGGCCGGGCGUGCGGUUGGCGCUCUACGUGUCGGAGCCGCCGUGCGGCGACGCGUCCAUGGCCCACGACGAGGCCGGGAAGGAAGCCACGGAGAAGAGAUCCACGGAGAAGAGAUCCAGAACCACGCCCGCGGCCCCGGCCACCGACGGGCCCGCCGCCAAGAAACACAGCGCCGUGCGGGGCCGCGCCGGGUUCGGCGACUUGGGCGUCGUCCGCACAAAGCCCGGCCGCGCCGACAGCCGCGUGUCGUUCUCCAAGUCGUGCUCCGACAAGCUCUGUGCCAAGCAGUUCACGGGCAUCCUCAACUGCGUGGCCAGCGUGCGCGUGGACCCGGUGUUCCUCGACUUCCUCGUGGUGGCCGAACAGAAGCACUCGCCCGCGGACUUCCGCCGCUGUUUCGUCUCGCGCCUCGGGCCGCUGCCACCGCCGCCGCCGCACGCGUUGCAGGUGCUCACGUUCGGCGCCAGCCGGUACGCGUAUGCCAAGCACGCGGGCCGCGUGCCGCUGCCGCUCAGCUGGGUGAGCUGCCCCGUGGCCGGCACGGCGCACGUGCUCAGCCAGGGCGUCCGCAACGGGGCCCACGUCAAGAACGGCCCGCCGCGGCGCGCCGGCGCCAGCACGCUCUGCCGCCGCAGCUUGUGGGAACACGCGCAGGGCGAGGUGCCGGUCCAUGGCUCGUACCGGCAGUUCAAGCAGGCGGCCGUGGGGCGCGAGCGGCGCAAGCACGAGGCGCGAGCGGCGCUCGGGGCGUGGCCUGCGUGUGCGGAGGACGACUUUGCGGUGUAG